GAUAUGACAGAAAGGACAGUCCACGGAGACAGAGAAAGACGACAAUGUGGAGACCAGAUGUUAGACCACACAUAGUUUUAAUCCGCGGUGAAGGGUUUGUCACGUAGCAUGUUGUCAGGGAAGCGUGUUGUGUGACAUGCCCAAAAGCUGCGAAGAUUUUGAAGGAGGUAAGUUGGUUUUUAUCGCUCGAAUACAACUCAAACACCACAUCAAUAAAGUCAAGCACCCUCCAUAAGAGAGUUAAUAAUUAGCUUUUGUUACGAAUGAAUGCACAAGAACAAAGAACCAUCAUUUAUCUUGAACCAUUCACGGCGCAGUAACUAUGGAAAUGCGGGAUGCAUAUCAAUUCCACGAAGCGUCACAUAUUUUCUAUCAGAUUUCUAGUAGAAAGUGGGAGGUUAAAGACUGAACUAAGCUUACUUUCUUACUUAUAAAGUUACAUAGUAGUCCGUUUGUUACGUUAAAAAAGUUGCCCAGUCUUAUCGUUUCGUCUAGAAUCCCUUGGCGAUAUUUAAAAGACAUCUCAGUCGAUGAUCAUACUCACAAUGCAAGCAGAAUGAAUCGACUGUAAACAGCUGUCUUGACUAAAAGGCGGCAAUCUUCAUGGCACCACUUGCAGGAACUGUUUCAUCGACAAUUAUGUCUUCUACUAAAGAUAUGGUGGAGUCAACAGCCAGCAAUGGAGAGGAGCUACGAAAUUCAGUUGUGAAUGUAGGAGACAUGAUCAACGCUAUUGCGUUCGCAAUUUUGAUUUUGUUUACGGCUUUUGGUAAUCUUCUAAUCCUGGCCGCCAUCUUCAAAAGCAAGAUCCUUCGUUUCCGCACUCAUCUUUACAUCACGAGCCUCUCCUGCGCAAAUUUGCUCAUGGCUGGUGUGGUAAUGCCACUUCGAGUCCUGAGCUUUGUGGACAAAAACACAUGGCUGAAUAAACCAGGAUUGUGUGAGACAUAUGGCAGCUUUUUUGUGCUGUUUUGUACCGUGACUGUCUACACGCUGGCAGCACUGAGCUUGGAUCGGUACUUCUCAAUCUCCCGGUACAAGUGGUAUCAGAAAUGCUUGACCAGUGGCCGUACGUUUUGCCUAAUCGUUCUUUGUUGGAGCAUUGCCGUGCUGGUGUCGUUUAUGUUUGCCAAUUUCGACGACGAUGUCGGAAAAUCGUUGAACUGCAAGUUGAGUACAACCUACACCAUAGGUUACGUUUAUGCGUUCGUCGGCAUUGAAGUUCUGACUCCUGUGGUCUUCAUGUUGAUUUUGCAGUGGCAAGUUAUGAAAACAGCUGUAAGCCAUACUCACACAGUGGAUGUCUGUGGUAGACAGAUCAAAAACUUGGACUAUGCUGAUUUUCCAUCGAUCACCAAAGAAACAACCUGGUCCAAGAUUGUCGUUCGAAUUACUCUCAGUUUUGUUAUAUUUUGGAUUCCAAGGUGCGUAUUUCUUCUUCUUGACAACAGCAACGCGGCAGGCAUCCACGAAGUUGCCGAUGGUUUGACAGAGAUCAUGACUUAUUGCUUCCCUCCAUCAUUUGCCCUGUUGCUGGGUUAUUGGAGUAAGGAGUUUAGAGAGGUGUUUGUAGAUAUGCUUUGUCCAUAUGCCUGUUAUCAGAAACAGAAGGACAUGAGGAAGUACCGCCUGGGCGAGCCUAACAGAGUGAAACCAUCAAUGAUGUACAGAAAACACUCCAAAAACUUUGCUGCAUCAUGAUUGUUGUUCGAAUUACUCUCAGUUUUGUUAUAUUUUGGAUUCCAAGGUGCGU